AUGGUUAGCUCUACAGAUUCAGAACAACUACAACAUUCCAAGUUUAGCCAAAGCGAUGGAGGGCCGCCAGAUUGCAUGGUUGGUAUUUUGGUACCGCCAUUGACUUUCCCCAAGUCUUCAUACAGUGGUCAUGAACCGCCACAACCCAAGUUCACUGAGAAGGAAGCAGUAGAAACAUUGCUCAAAUCAGGAGUUGAUACACAGACCUAUGCGGAGAAUGACUUUGUUAGUCUGGAGCUGGACAACUUCGUGAUCUAUGCACUCCCUUUUGCAUCUCCAGCGCCUCAUGGUAUGGUUUCACUGGAUCAAAUCGCUGGAAAACUGGGCAGACAGGCCGAGAAGUUCUUUUUCGAUGGUGUGCUGAAAGUCCCCGGGAGGGAAACGGCUGGCAUGUCCAUGUACCUGGAGAGAGUGCCCUUCCGCUUGGUAUCAAUUGGUGGAUAUGAAGAUACUGAGCAACACAGCGUGGGAAAGGACAUUUGGAUCCAGUCGGCUUACGGUGAAGCUUCCGGCAAACGUCUAUGGUAUCAACUGGGAGCUCCCGUAGCUGAAUAUAAGGAGUACCACAAGACAUUCUCUUGGAUUGCGGACCUGGGAAAACACCUCAUCGAUUAUCUCCACCAUCACAAGAAAGUCACUUUUCGUCAUUUCAAGAAGGACUUUUCCACCUGGCUUAAAGAACUUCACAGCGAGGAUCCGACAUUCAUGCACUGGUUUAAUGAAAAUAGAAGCAUCGACUUCAGAAAACCCAUCAAUGCUUUCUCGAACUUUCUUCAGAAGCAAGCAUGGGAACUCGGUUCGAGUUACUGCGAUCAUCCCAUUUGGGAUGAACUUGGCGUUACGUAUGAUAACCUCAUUCCAGAACAACCGCAAAGGGCGAAAGGGACCAUUGUUACACCAUAUGUUUACGAAUGCUUUAAAACUAUGGAAUGGGCGAACCAUAUUAAUGCUGUGGAGCUCGAUUCCCAAAUGUCAGGGAAACACCAGUCCCGACUGGCAGAACUGGGGUUUAUUCAGAAAGGGAGGAAGUUUAAAACGAAGACGGAACCUAUUAUUGACGGCGCCAUGGUAACAGCUUGCCCAAGGGAUGUUGUUGCCAUUCGAAGGGACCAACAAACUUGUUGGAAGGGCACGGAGGACUUGUGGUAUGCUGUUGUGCAGGAUAUACACCCCGGCAAAACUAAACACGCACGUUUAAGUUUAAUUUGGCUUUAUCGACCCUCAGACACCGUAUGCAGAGAUAUGAACUAUCCGCAUAAUAAUGAGCUCUUUCUUUCCGACCACUGCAAUUGUGGGGAUGGCGUCGUAGAUACCAGUGAGAUUGUCAAGAAGCUCAAUGUCACAUUUUUUGCCCAUAAAGCAGAGAAGGGGGCAGAUUUUUUUGUUCGACAGACGUAUCUCUCGGACGAUGAAACUUUCACUUCUUUGAAGAAAGACCAUUUUUCAUGCCAAUGUCGACAACCACCGACAACGCCAAAUUUCGAAAUUGGAGAUACCAUCCUGUUUGAAAGUGUCAAGGAGUCUCACCCUGACCAAGUGAAUCUUGAGCCGGCUGAAAUCCUAGAGUUCGGGGAAUCUUGUCAAGUUAAAAUACGACUACUCCUCCGCCGGAGCCAAUACGUUGGUGCUAAAAGUACUAUUUACCGACCAAAUGAGCUCGUGUACACGAACCGUACCCAUGUUAUCCAUGUAAAUCAGAUUGAGAGGCGAUGCCAGGUCAGAUUCUAUACCGAGGAGCAACGACAGAAUGGGUCUAUCCCCGCACCAUAUAACCGCGACGGGACUGGGGAUGCUUUUUACAUAAUUGCGCAAGAGGCCGAGGAGGGCUCUGAGCUGGUAGCCCUACAGCAUCCUCCUGCGGGAUUCAAACAAGGUUUUGAUUCUGAGGAGGCCACCUUUCAAAAGCUUCGCGCACUCAACUUAUUUAGUGGCGGAGGAAGCUUUGAUAGGGGUCUUGAAGAGGGAGGCGCAAUUAGGAAUGAGUGGGCUGUGGAAUGGGAGCUCGCUCCCAUGCUCACGUAUCGUGCAAAUCAGCAUGACCCAGAAAGGGUAAAACUAUUCUUGGGCUCCGUCAAUGAUUUCCUUCUCCGAGCUUUCCAAGGAAAAUCUGAAGAUAAUAACCUUGUUGCGAAGCUGGGUGAUGUGGAGUUCAUCUCAGCUGGGAGUCCAUGUCAAGGAUAUUCUAGCGUGAACAGCUGUAAAGAGAAUGAAGUGUCCAUGCGCAAUUCAUCAAUGAUAGCGUCAGUGGCCUCAUACGUCGAUUUUUUUCGGCCGAAAUAUGCAAUACUGGAGAAUGUGAUCAUGAUGUCAAAUAGGUCAAAUAAGAAAAACCCAUUGUGUCAGCUACUAUGUGCAUUUGUUGGCAUGGGCUACCAGCUUAGAAUUCUUAACCUGGACGCUUGGAGUUUCGGGGCUCCGCAGAGCAGGUCCAGGCUCUUCAUUUUCAUUGCGGUGCCAGGAUUACAACUUCCUGCACAUCCACCGCUCACUCAUUCUCACCUAUCGAAGACGACCCAAAAAUCUCUAGGCGAUGCGCCCAAUGGCUUACCUUUUGGAAAAAGACGUUGGGAUAUCCCUGUCUUUGACUUCUUGUCCGUUUCCAAAUCACUCAUGGAUCUCCCUCGUAUCGGAAGAGGAAAAAUAACCCCUGUUGCCUAUCCCGACCAUCGAACCAUAAGAACUGAAUCCGCUGCCAAUCAACGCUUGCUGAGUUCCGUACCCAAAACUCCAAGGUGUCAAGGUUUAUUCGAAGCUGUGGCUAGGGGGUAUAUUGACCUUGAAAAGACCCAAAAGAGGAAGCUUCGCAAAGGCCAGAGGGCAUGGAGUCGCAUUCAUCCACACUUAUUAAUGCCGACCGUCACCACGUUUCCUUCCCCGUUUUGCAAAUUUACGGGAAGAUGGCUUCACUGGGAAGAAGAUAGGGUGAUGACGGUGAUGGAGGUUCGAAGAGCCCAGGGCUUCCCUGAUGAUGAGGUAUUGAUAGGUUCUCCGGCCCAACAGUGGAAAAUUGUGGGAAACAGUGUUGCAAGACAGGUUGCAUUGGCGUUGGGGUUGGUCAUGAGAGAGGCAUGUGUUAAAAAUCACGAUAAAAAGGCGCACGAGAACAACGUCAUGGUCACGAAUGGCUUCCAAGUUGUUGUGGAAAGGCCCAAGGUGGAAUCUGGGAUACCAACCACCGAACCAACCAGAGAAUCAGACGACUCGUUAGACACCAAAGCAGAAGCAACACAAAACACUCUGCUACCACUGGGGGUUGUCGUCUUGGAAUCCAAAAAUACUAACGAAAACAAUAUUGAUAACAGCCCUCUAAAAUCUCCAGCUGUCGAUCUUACAGAAGAUACACCUCCCCCACAGAGCCUUACCCCUGACGUUAAGCGACCCGAGAACUUUAUUGCUUCAAUCCUAACACCUUGGCUUGUUCGAUCGGAAGCUGUAGCAGUCAGUGAGGACGACAGUAGCACUCUUAAUACCACUUCAGAAGGUGAUAACUUCUCUCUUCAUUCUCAAAAUGUGAAGAGAUCACUAGAUCACUCUUUUGUUACCUCUGGGCCUGAACUUGCACAGCUACCCCCGAAGAAGCGGAGACUCAAUGACGAAGCUCAGGAUGGGAGUGAUGAGUUCUGGUCAGAGAUCACAUGA